CCAGACCUGACCAAUCGAAUCCACUUACAUAUGGAGCUUCAAAAGAAGAGGCUGCUGCAGAGUGUGAAGGCUGUGAAAGUGUGCAGACUAGCAAGUGUUUUAUAUUAGGUCUAAUAAGUGCUUUAUAUUAAAAGUCACCAUGACAUUUGUAACUCUUAAUAAUGGAGCUAAAAUGCCAAUUUUUGGACUGGGAACAUGGAGGUCUGCUCCAGGUGAGGUCACAGAGGCUGUAAAGGCAGCCAUCCUGGCCAGCUACCGCCACAUUGAUGGGGCCCAUGUGUAUGAAAAUGAGAAUGAAGUUGGGGACGGAGUCAAUGCCAUGAUUAACCAAGGAGUGGUGAAGAGAGAGGAACUAUUCAUAGUCAGCAAGCUGUGGUGCACUUACCAUGAAAAACACUUGGUAAGAGGAGCCUGUGAAAAGACUCUAAGUGACCUAAAACUGGACUACGUUGAUCUCUACCUAAUGCACUUUCCCAUGGGCACUAAGCCUGGAAAGGAGUUUUUCCCAUUCGAUAAGAAUGGCCAAGUAAUUCCAGACAACAGCAACUUUCUAGAAACAUGGGAGGCAAUGGAAGAGUUAGUGGAUGCUGGGUUGGUCAAGGCCAUUGGUGUCUCCAACUUCAACCGGGAUCAGAUUGAGAGAAUCCUCAAUAAACCAGGACUCAAGUACAAACCUGCCAACAAUCAGAUCGAGUGCCAUCCAUAUCUGACUCAGGAGAAGCUGAUUAACUACUGUCAGUCCAAAGGCAUUACAGUCACUGCAUACAGUCCUCUGGGUUCCCCAACCAGACCAUGGGCACAAGCAGGUGAGCCAUCACUGUUGGAGGACCCAAAGAUCAAGGCCAUUGCAGAUGAGCAUGGUAAAACCACAGCACAGGUUCUAAUCCGCUUCCACAUGCAGAGGAAUGUUGUGGUCAUUCCCAAAUCUGUAAACCCUAAGAGAAUCAAAGAGAAUUUCGAGGUCUUUGAUUUUGAACUGAGUAAAGAAGAGAUGAACACCAUACUGAGUUUUAAUAGAAACUGGAGAGCUUUUAUGCUGGAAUGGGCUUCCAAGCAUAAGGAUUAUCCAUUGAAUGCAGAAUACUAAUUAAUCCAGUUUCUAACUGCAAUAUGAAGUAAAUAUGACUUCUGCAUUUCUCAUCAGGGAUAAAUGAUGUCAGUAAUCUGGCAAGAGAUUACAAGAAAGAUAUGAGCAAAACCACAUUAUCAACAUUUAUUCAAGUGUAAUACUGUCAUUUGAGGGACUAAAUGUGGUUAAUUGUAAAGUAAAGGUCAAGUGAGCAGUUCCAAGACACGAGAAACACAUUUAAAAAACGUAAGCCAGAGAGCUGUUUGACACAGAACUUUAUUUGGAUUUUUAAAAGCAUACAUCAAUACAGUAAACAAGAGCUGCUCUUGUGAACUGGAUGUGCUUCUGUUGUCAUUUUAUGAAAUUAAGGAGUGUGUAUUAAUUAAUAUAAAAAAAUAUAUAUUCAAAGGACCAAUACAUUCUCAUGUUAUCUGCCCAAUUGUGCAAAGUGUGUGACAUUGUUCAAAUAAAAAA